AUGGGGAAGAAGGUGCGGGAUCACCUCGUGGACACCCUAGAAGAGCUGGGGCAGGACCAGUUUAAGAGGUUCAAGACCAAGCUGAACGUGUUCCCAGUGAAGGAGGGAUACAGCAACAUCCCCCGGGGCCGGCUGGAAAAAGCUGAUGUCCUGGAUGUGUGCGACAUGCUGAUCAGCUACUAUCAGGAGGACUAUGUGGUGGAGGUGACUGUGGCGGUCCUGACAGACAUCAAUAUGUGGGACCUGGCAGACAGACUCUGCAAGGCGACAGGGACUGGAUCUGGGGGCAAGGGGCAGAAACCAGAAGCAUCCAGUGAUUCCAUAAGAGGAGAAGAGGAACAUUUUGUUGACCGACACAGAGAGCAGCUGAUUCAACGUAUAGCCCAUGUGAAGCCCCUCCUGGACAUGCUUCAUGGGAACGUUCUGGAUGACGAGCAAUAUCAGAUCAUUAGCUCCAGGAGCACCAGCCAGGAGAAAAUGCGGAAGCUGUAUCAGCUAAUGCCAAGCUGGAAUAAAGAGUGCAAGGACCGGUUCUAUGCGGCACUGAAAACCAAGAAUAAGUUCCUCAUUGAAGCACUUGAGAGAAGUUAA